AUGGCUCUCCAUGACGCCAAUACCGGUAUAAAUAACACCACUACUGGAAAACGUCAAGAAGUUCCCGAGAGACGCGGGUCGUCAUUUUACACGGAGAACAGGUUUUCACCUCGAACUGCGUAUAGUAAUGGGAAUUUGCAGUCAACGCAUCAACUUCAUAACUACCACCACCGCCAACAGCCGCCACAAACUCCCUUCGAUCUCACGUAUGGCGCGUCAUUACUCCCAUCGCAUCUGUUGCUGAACUCUCCGUACGUAGCGACGCCGCACUCGAACCCCAUUGUAAACGGACGGUACCACCACCAUAACAUACCGUACAACCAUCAUCAUCAUCACCAACAGCACCAAACGCUGCCGCUGCGUAUGCCUCCGGUGCCCCUCGACAAGCGUGGUCCCCGGAGACCUAAGGCCCUGCAUUUAGUGGACGACGAAACACGUCAGACCGCUUACGAAAUUGCCUACGAGGUGUUGCCACCAACGGUGACAGAUGACGAGUUUCGCACGCCGUCAUUGCUGUUCUCCAACCUCAGCCCGGAGCUGCAUUUGCAUGAGUUUUUGAGCAAAUUCGACAAGUGCGACAGACUCGAAAGUGUCUAUCGCGUUGACUCCGACAAGGAAAAACAAUCCAUUCUGGUCAGUUUUCUUACCCAAGAAACAUGUUUGGAUUUCUAUAACGGCGUUCUGCAGAGACUUUCGGAAUUUAAAAAACAGCUGAACUCCCAGAAAUUGACUCUGAAUUUUGUCCGACUACAAGACGCAGAUUCUGGCCCCACACGACAUGAAGUCCGAAACCAGGUUUUACGUUCAGGAGCAACUCGCUCUGUGGCUCUAGAAUUUGGAUCGGACGUCUCAUCCCAAAGCUUAUUCGAAAAACUACCAUUUCUCGAUAACCGAGGCCCUCGUUACAUUGUGGAGUGCAUCGAAUUCGUUAACACCAAUCGUAUCUCGAGACAUUUGAGCUCACACUACGCUGUGGUCUAUUUCAUUAGCAUCGCUAUGGCCAUAGAGACUUCAGAAUACCUCGAGGUACACAAGAAGUCAAUACAUGACUUGCAGAAAUUCCAGUACGUCACAACCACUUCUACUUCUGGCAAGUCAGAGCUACGUACACUUUCAGGCUCACAGAUAAAUCUACGUGAAUCUUCCAACAUUUCCCACUUUACUGGCGUUGCUGCAGACGACUUUCCUCCAGCAAAACCUGAUCUUGCUCAUUCCAAUGUCCCUACCAAAACUCUGAAAAUUGAGCCGGAGCUGUAUGGCCCUCCGACUUUGGUAGAGCAUACUCAACAUCCUUCUCAUAUCGCUGCAUCUAAGCCACUUAACGUGGACUCUGUUGCAAACGGUUCAUCUGAAAAUGGGUCAUCGCCAGCACCACAAGAAAUGCUCAUAAACGACUUUGACCCCUCUCCGCGCGGUAGCAUGAUAUCCCUGAUCCAGACUGAUACUCCAGCUCAAUCUCAUCAAUUCCCUCAUUACCCGUACUAUGUUGAUAUGGCAAAGCCUCUGGGACGUACUCUACAACAGCAGUUUACAACUACAGCACAAGUUGCGACAGCUAUGGGUGGCGGUGUGGGCAAUAGGACGGUUUACAUUGGCAACAUAAAUCAGCGUUCAAAGGCUGAGGAUAUUUGUAAUGUCGUUCGCGGCGGUCUCUUACAAACUGUCAAAUUUAUUGCAUCCAAACAAAUCUGCUUUGUGACCUUUAUUGAUGCUGCUGCUGCCGUUCAGUUUUUCGCUAAUUCCUCAAUUGAGCCAAUCGUUUUACAUGGAAAUGUUCUAAAAGUUGGAUGGGGCCACCAUUCGGGGGACUUACCUCAAUCAAUAUCAUUAGCAGUGACUGUCGGUGCUAGCAGAAACGUAUAUGUCAGUUUACCUGAGCAUGCUUUCAAGGACAAAUUCAUACACGACCCUGAAUACCAGGACUUGAAAGAAAAAUACCACCUCCCAUCUAAGGAUGCUCUGCUACAAGAUUUCAAAGCAUUUGGUGACAUUGAGCAAAUUAAUUUUCUACCAGACGGGCACUGUUGCUGGAUUAACUUCAUGAACAUUUCCAAUGCCAUAAAGCUCGUUGAAGAUGUCAACAAUUCCAGAAACUCGGAAUCUUUUCAUGAGAAGUUUCAGAACCGGUAUCGAGGAUUGAUUAUAGGGUACGGUAAAGACCGCUGUGGAAACAUUAACAAAAACUUAGUUGCAAACAAAAAUUCGAAGCAUUACAAGAAGGUCAAGAAAACGAGCUAUCAGAUAAGAGCUAGACAACAGCAAGAAAAGGGCCUUGAUGGUAAUGGAUCGCCCGCUCAUGCUGGUGAUGAGCCCAGAACUUUGAAAGCAGAUGCCUUUGGCAUUUCUUUAUCUGAUGAUAAGGGGCCGGUAAGAGACUCGGAUGAAGAACAAAAGCUGGAAGAAAAGGAGCUAUUGCGACUUAGCCUUGACGACAACGAAUUGGACGAAGGGCUGGGGAUAUCAUUAGCUCAUAAUAGUCCUGGAGAACAAUUCCCCAAUGACGAAAGCGACUCAUCAGACUCUUCAGAUGUAAACAUUAUCGUUUCAAGCCAUGCCUCUAAUCAUGGUGCAGAAUUAGGAAAUGGCAGAGAUCAAUUCUCGGAAAAAGGAGACAGUCGCCAGAACAUUGACCACGCAAAAAUUGCUGGCCACCCAAAUGCAUUCAGGAGGUUUUCGCCAAUGGUUUCGAGCACAUCGCUGGACGCUGUACCGCCGUUGGCGCCUUCAACCAUGACCAGGCAGUUCAAAAUUGCUCACCAGCGCGGUAAGCAAAUUGAGUACUACGGCAACGACUCUGACGUAAUCGACAGAACAGACCCCAAGCCGGGUAAAAAUGCCAGACGUCCGCAUCCACAGGGUUCAUUACGACGUGGAAAGUCUAAGGCGAUCCCAGGUUCGGAUGUCAUGGCCCAGUACCUGGCUCAACUUCAACACUCCACUUUCAUGUACGCCGCAAACAUUCUUGGAGUGGACGAUGGAGAAUCCCCGGUGUACUAUGAUGAGAAUGGCUGUUUAGAGCAAAUGGCGUGUAAACUUCCAUCACCACGUCGCACGACCCGCUAA